AUGGCGACGAUUGAAGGAUCCAAGCUCUUUGAGCAGUGCCGUAUCUUCAUCUUAUGCUCUCCCGAAAUUUCGCUUGAAACAGCCGAACAGCUUGCAGCGGUCAUCGAAGAAAACAGUGGUGAACCGUCAAUCUUCGAAAGUAGUCCCGAGAAAACAGACGUCAUCGAAUGCACCCAUAUCGUUUCUAGCACUAUCAACUUUCAAUCUUACGAUUAUUUUUCCAACGCCUUGAUCCCAAUCGUCAAGCCGGCCUGGAUCCAUACAUCGCUUUCGAAACGCAAGCUUGUGAACCCACGCCACUACAGCCCCGAUCCUCGGCUAUUCUUAAAUGAUGUGGUUGUAACCUGCGGUGACAUCCCGGAGGGCGACAAAGAUGCAAUUAUUGGCGCAGUGCUGGCCAAGGGUGGCUUAUAUAGCCCUAGGCUUACCGCCAUGGUAACUCACCUGGUUGACUUGAAUGCCGACUCGGAUAAAGCACGCUUGGUAAAAGCCAAAGCAAUGCGCACCAAAAUCGUUUUACCCCACUGGUUCGAUGAUUGCCUGAAACUUGGCCAGCGCAUUGAUGAGAAGCCAUAUAUGCUACCAGAUCCUGAGAUUCUACGUGCAGGCCCCAACGACCCCAUUCGAUGGAACGAAAACAGGGACGUUGCAGGCGCCUCAGCCCCCGCACCGCGUGACAUGCCUACCCCCACGAGCACUCCGAAUCAACUCAAGGUUUUUGAGGGACAGCAGAUCAUGCUAUCGGAAGAUCUCGAGAUUGGCUCCCAUUUGCGACAAUCCAUCGAAGCAGUGCUCGAGCAGAGUGGUGCCACUGUGACAAGCAAAGUUGAGGACGCAAACUGGGUUGUCUGCAAGUUCCGAAAAGGAAUUGUUUACCGACUCGCAUCUCGCUUGGACAAAGUCGUCGGUAACCUUGCGUGGCUUUAUUACAUGAUGACAUUCAAUACAUAUACUCGUCCUUUGAGUCGACCUUUGCACUAUCCAGUCUCCCCCGACCCGAUUCCAGGGUUUAAGGGGCUGAAGAUCAGUCUUUCCAAUUAUGUUGGCGAGGCAAGAAUCUAUCUUGAGAAUCUGAUUGCGGCGUCAGGGGCAGAGUGUACAAAGACUCUGCGACAGGAGAAUACGCACUUGAUCACUGCGCACGGAACCAGCGAAAAAUGCAAUGCGGCCCGAGAAUGGGGGCUCCAGGUUGUCAAUCACUUAUGGUUGGAGGAUAGCUAUGCGAAAUGGAAAGAACAGCCAGUCUCUGACCCUCGCUACAACCACUUCCCUUUACGCACGAAUCUGAGCGACAUUGUUGGCCAGAAAAUGCUGGACCCCGUUGUUCUUAAACAAGUUUUCUAUGCCGAGGAGAGUGCUGGUCCCGCGCGGCCUAUGCAGAUCAAGGACCAGAACACGACACAAUCACCAGGCGAGGAUGAGGAUAACUCAUCCGAAACCACACAGGGAACACCGCAACCUGCCAAGAAAGCUUCACGUGGACCAUCUGAGAAACGAGCGCUGCAAACGCCAGCGCGAUCACGUCUCAUUCCUGAAAAUAAGGAGAAUGAGACGCCUUCCUCCACCAGCAGCCGGAAGUCCAAGGAUGCAGCUACAGCACGUCUACAUGGGUAUGCUGACGACCUUGCCCUCUACGAAAAGGAGAAGAAACGCGUUGGUGGUGUUGUCUAUGGAGGUAGACGAGUGUCUGACGAGGACAGGGUUAAACUGGCGCAUAACCCCAAGAAACGUCGCUCCGCAGAGCCACAAGACGAGAGCGAUGACGAGGAGGUUGUAGAUACAAAGCGACAAAAGAGAACUCGACCACCGAUCAGCAUGCACUUGAUGAUUACAGGUUAUCAAAAGUGGAUUGGAAAAGCAAAUGAGAAAAAGCAAGAUGCAGACAAGCGUCACCUUCGGGAUCUCGGUAUCAUGCUUGUGCAAGAUGCUCGCAGGUGCACACAUCUUGCAGCGCCCACGAUUCUGCGAACGACCAAGUUUGUGAAUGCACUUGCAUAUGCACCAGUGAUUAUGAGCACAGAGUUUGUUACCAACUGUCUACAGCAGGACAAACUUCUUGACCCCGCCGACUUCCCUCUUGUGGACAAGGAAAAUGAGAAGAAGUACAAGAUCUCCCUUAAUAAGGCGGCGAGCAAUGCCAAGAAGAAUAAGAACAAACUCUUGAAUGGCUACCGCAUCUAUUGCGUUGAAGACAUCCGCGGUGGCUUUGAAGCAUUCAAGUCUAUUGUCGAUGCAAAUGGAGGAGAAUGCUUGCUUUUCCGCGGUCGACUUGCCCUAGCAAACAACUCUCGGCGCGAGGAGAGUGACGAUGAGGAAAGUGACGUUGACGAUGAUGGCGAUGACCGCGCACAGCAUGAUGUGUUUCUACUCAGUUCCACUGAGCCAAAGCAUGCUCGUCUUUGGCCUCGGUUCCGUCAAGUCGCGGGUGAGAUCAAAAAGACGGCCAGAAUCGUCCGCGUGGACUGGCUUCUCGAUAUGGCCAUGUCGCAGGAGUUGCGUGCGGCAGGUAACUAUGAGAUUACCGAGGACAUGGUCGAAGAUGCAGAUGAUUAA